UCAUUUUCACAAUCAAUCUUAUUGCCGGAGCAUUCGCCACAAUGCCAUCAGCUACCACUGCCGAUAUCAAUUUGUCCAAUGCGACCACUGCGCCCCCGGACGGACUGCUGCCUGCAGAGGUUGUGCACAAGCAGGUUGUCCUGUCGAGAGCAACACAGCAUCUGCUUGACCUGGAGGCGCAGUACACAGUUGGAGGCUUUACCCCCCUGCCUGGAUUCUUCGAGCGAGGCAAAGGUGCAAAAUUAUGGGAUGUAGACGGGAAAGAAUACCUCGACUUCAUCUGCAUGUUCAGUUCUUGUAACCAGGGACAUUGCCACCCGAAGAUAAUUGCAGCGAUGACGGAGCAGCUCAAUAAGGCAUACAAUAUCAAUACCUCUACACACAACAUGCGCUGGCCGGUAUUUGCCGAGAUGAUGUGCAAGAGAUUUAAAUAUGACAAUAUCUCUGCGAUGGUCACUGGUUCAGAGGGAACUGAUCUGGCUUGCAAGAUUGCCAGACGUUAUGCGCAUGAUGUGAAAGGCAUUGCUCCUGAAAAGGUGCUGAUUUUUGCCGUCUCGGGCAGCUACCACGGACUCUCGUCUGGAGUGUGGAACUUGCAAGACCCUAGCCCCGCAAGAACAGCCUACGGUCUUGACAGCAAGCAACAGACAAACAUCAAUCCCUCGACCGGUAGGGUUCUGCGGUAUGGGCAUAUAGAGGAUAUGGAGGAAUGUCUUCGCGAGCAUCAUGCAUCAGUUGGUGCCAUCAUUUUGGAAUGCAUCCGCAAUACAGGAAAUACGUUCGAAGAAGAAGUUUCUUUCUCACGAGGCGUCUACAACCUGUGUAAGAAAUACGACAUCCCAUUCAUCGCUGACGAAGUCCGCAUGGGGGCUUGCAAGACCGGGAAGUUCUUCUCCUUCAACCACCUCGGUAAUGACGUGCGCCCUGACCUGCUCGUCAUCGGAAAGUCUAUGACUGCUGGUGCCUACCCCGCUUCAUUCGUCCUGGGUGAUCAUGCCAUGAUGUCAGUCGUGGGGCCCUACGAGAGUGGCUCAACAUUCGCACACACGCCCAUGGCCAUUGCUGCUGCUGAGGCUGCAUUGAAGGUUCUGGAUGAAGAGCACAUGGCAGAACGCGCGAGUCAGCUCGGUGCAAAGUUCCUGGAGCUGACAAAGGACUGGAGGAGCCAUCCGCACGUUGCUGAUAUCCAGGUCCGCGGUGCAGAUUUUAGCGUGCCGAUUCGAGAGAACCCAGCAGCGAGAGUGACAGCACGGAAGAUUGGAGGAUUGGCCUUGAGUAAAGGAUUGGUGCUGUAUCCGUUGGCCGGACGGCUAAGAAUGGGGGUGAGCAUGGCUAUGACAGAUGAGGAAUUGAAAAGGGGCGUCCGGAUCAUCAAGGAGGCGCUAGAUGAAGUUACGGAAUAUCAGGAUGCUAUUCCGGGAGAGGUAUGGCAUAAGGCUCACUAGAUUCAAUCACGUCCUGGUAUAUAGAGAUGUUUUGGUUUACCUUGGAAGCAGCCAGGGUAGGACGAGUAAAACAAACUCAAACGAUGUUGGAUCAACG